CCCCCCAGCCCUCGUCUUCCCCGAACUGCCCAAACCCUAGCCCAGCCAAUGGCCACCCGCCUCAAGGACCGCGGCGGCGGGAGCGGCGGAAAGGCUGCCGCUGCCACUGCCACUGCCCCCGCCCCCCGCGCGCUCACCCCCAGGUCCUCCUCCGCCUCGCGCCGCACACCCACCCCCACCGCCGCCGCCGCCGGCAAGGAGAACUCCGCGUCCAAGCCCGCCAAGCCCACCUCCGCAGUGAGGUGGUCCACCUCGUCGAUCCCGAGGGCCAGCCGGAUCCCGAGCUCGGUGGACUCCACCAAGCUCGUCUCCACGCUCCGGGCCUCCGCGCUGCUGCCGGCGAGGGCCUCCGUCGGGACGGACGCGGGGUUGCGGCGGAGCGUGAGCGGCGGGAUCAGGGCCGCGUCUUCCGAGAGGGGCAGGAGGUCGGUGGCGAGUGGUGCGCCUGCUGCUCAUGAGAUCGGUGGGAGGAGGGAGGGCUCCGAUGCGAGAGGUACAAGGGCCAAGAGGGUCGACGAGACCAGCCGGAAAAGAGAAGGCUUUGUCGAUGCCAAGCCGAAGGAGGCAGAUCUGGUUGGCAGGAAAAGGGUCAGCCUUGAUCCGAAGGCGAACCAGCAGAUCAGUGGGAAAAGAGAGAGCUUUGGUGUGAAUUUGGCAAAGCAGUGUGAGGAGGUAAGGGGGAGAAGAGGGGCCAAUGUGAAUAAGCAAAGUGAUGAGAUUUGUUGGAAAGGAGAGUGCACUGAUUUGAAGGCAAUGCCAGGUGAUGGAUUCAGUAGGAAGAAAGAGGGACUUGAUAUGGAGCUGGUGAAGGAGAUCAAUCCCAAUAAAGCUGUUGCUGGCCUCACUGGUUCAGUGGAGGCUUCCACCAAAUCUGUGCCAUUUUCUGCCACCCAGAAUGAUGGGGAGGCAGCGGACAAUUCUGUUAUUCCGGUGUUCACUGUCCAAGUCGUAGACUCAAAUGAUGUUCGUUUCGAAGUGAGAGAACAUCAGAAGAUCGAUGAGUGUAAGAAGCAGGAAGAGAAGGUGAAGUUGGCAGACAGGAUUAGAGUUUUCGAGAAAGCAGCAGCAACUGAGGAGGCAAGAUCGGCGAAAACUGUGUGCAGUUUGAACAAGUACCCAAGCAAGCUGCAUGAGAAACUAGCUGCACUGGAAGGGAGGGUCCAGAAGAUCGCCACGGAUAUCAAGAAGACCAAAGAAAUGCUGGAUGAGAACAAUCCGGAUGAGCCAAAGCAGAUAUUGUCAAAUAUCCAGAAAGAAAUUACCGCCAUUGAGAAGGCGAUUUCUCAUGUCAAGGUCGACAAUAAGAUUCAGCUAGGUACUGAAGAUAGCAUUGACUGUGAGAUUUCUCAGACUAAGCAGGCUGCAAGUGACAAAAGUGCUGUUGUGAAGCCAGGUGACCUGAAGCAAGCUGGAAAAGGAAUGGAUACUGAUGAACUGGAGGCGAGGUUUUUUCCACAUCAUAAACUGUUGAGGGAUCGUAGAACGUCUACUUCUACUCAUCAGGAGACGUGCAUGGCUCUUCUUAAAGGCUGUAGUGAGAAAAAAGAACUUGCUACCGUUGAGACCCGUGACGAUGAGAACAGUAUAGCCAUGGAGUUUCUGGCUUCCUUAGAUGGUGAAGAGAGUGACUUCUUUAAGGAUCGCAGAGCUAAAAACUUAAAAAAUCUCAUGAUAUGUGAAGCAGCAGAUGCUCGUAGCAAGACAUCUGGCCAAGGCAGCGCGAAGAAUCUAGAUGGUUCGACGGAGGAAAUCGAAUUGCUUGCUACUGAGACAGUAGAAGGGUUUGAUGAGCAGGAAAACAAGUCUUCAAUGGUGAUACAGGAGGAAGUCGAGGAGCCUUCUGAUGAUCAAUUAUCAGGGAUAGGAAACAAGUCUGCAACAGGUGGAUGGUUUGUUUCAGAAGGGGAAGCUGUUCUUCUUGCUCACGGAGAUGGCACCUGCUCUUAUUAUGACAUUGCAAACCAUGAGUUCAAAUCCGAAUAUAAGCCUCCCAGUGUGGUGUCACAUAAUACUUGGGGGGAUUGCUGGUUGAUUCGUGCCCCAGGUGUGGACGGGUGCUCCGGUAGAUAUGUAGUUGCAGCGUCGGCUGGCAAUGCACUGGAACCUGGGUUUUGCAGCUGGGAUUACUACAGCAGAGAAGUAAAAGCAUUUCAUGUUGAGGAGACAUCUCGUCCUUCUUCUGUACCAUUAUCCAGAACUGUACUUGGGCCACUACAUAAUGUAGGUUCAUCAAGAUCUAGUUCUGCUAUUUCAACCGCAGAACGACAGCAAUGGUGGUAUAGACCAUGUGGACCUCUCCUGCUUUCUACUGCUAGCAAGCAAAAGAUGGUCACGGCUUAUGAUAUCCGUGAUGGCGAUGUAGUGAUGAAAUGGGAAGUAAGCAAUCCAGUACAGGGAAUGGAGUACUCCAGCCCACUACAAUGGCGAAGCAAGGGGAAGGUAGUGAUUGCUGGGACUGAGUCAAUUGGGUUGUGGGAUGUGAAUUCACUUAAUCCGCAACCCUUAUUAUCUGUUGCUUCUGCUGGUAAAAGAGUUUACUGCCUUCAUGUGAACAACACAGAUGCUGAGGUGGGUGGAGGAGUUCGUCAAAGAGUUAGCUCAUCUGAGGUGGAGGGAAAUGAUGGUGUUUUUACUACACAAGAAAGUGUCAAUGUAUUUGACUUCCGUGUACCUUCUGGCAUUGGUCUUAAAAUGGCAAGACAUGGUGGCACGGCGAACUCAGUCUUUUCACGUGGGGACUCAGUAUUCAUUGGCAGCACAGAAGGUAGGCUGCAAAUAAAAGGGGGGCUGAAACCACGAGUUCAGCAAUAUUCACUGAAAAAGGGGAAACUUGUUGCAACCUAUGAAUUGCCAGAGUUCAAUGCUCACAUUCAUCAUUCUUCAAUAACCCAAGUGUGGGGUAACUCCAACGUUGUGUUGGCUGCAUGUGGUAUGGGAUUGUUUGCCUUCGACACCUUUAAUGAAGAAGACAUUCAGCAAACUUAUAGCUUUGACCGUGGAAACACUAUUGGCGUAAGAGAGGUUAUUGGCUCUGAUGAUUUGUACUGUCCUACAUUUGAUUACUCAUCAUCAAGGGUUCUUCUGGUGUCGAAAGACCGUCCAGCACAUUGGAGGUAUCUGUCAUAGCUAUCUAUUUGUGGCAUGUAUCAUGUGACAUGUAAUAUAUGUAGUUCAUGAUUUGCUUCAGUAGUCAUCUGUCAUGUAAAGCAUCUUGCUUUCACUGUAUUAGCAGAAAAUGUUGACCUUUUGUUCCUAGAGUUAAUUUAAUAUCUAUUGUAUCCUUGUUUUAUCCUAUUACAUUUUAUGUACCCGUGUUCUUCCCCAACACUGGAUGUCUGGACCGUUAGUUGUAUUUACUGAAA